UCAGCUGAGCUUUGAAGGCACUUUCUCACACUUUUCACCCUAUAAAGGCCUCCUCUCCUCGAGCCUCUUUCCCCCCUUCUAACACAACCAAAAACUAAGUACUCUCCACUCACCUUCUUCACCACGAAGUCCUUGCAUUUAUCCGUCGAAAGUUUGAGAAGUCAUGCAGCCCGGUGAGGUCACUGGAAUCCAUUACCUCGUUCCUUCGAGCUCAUCAUCUCCCUACCCUCCUUUUAGCAUGAGCACUCAAAGCAAUGCAACCGCUUUUGAAUUCAACCGGUUUUCUAGCCCAUUGUACAAUUUCCAAUAUCCUACUUCCCAACUUCAAGAAGUUAAUAACAAUCCACAGCAACCAUCGUCCUUCAGUAGUAACUCAACCUCUGAUGAGGCUGAUGAGCAGCAACUCAGUCUCAUCAAUGAGAGGAAACAAAGACGAAUGAUAUCUAACAGAGAAUCUGCACGCAGAUCACGUAUGCGCAAGCAGAAGCACCUUGAUGAACUCUGGUCACAAGUGGUUUGGCUCAGAAAGGAGAAUCACCAAAUUUUGGAAAAGCUGAACCAUGUCUCAGAGUCACAUGAGAAGGUUCUGCAAGAGAAUGCUCAGCUCAAAGAGGAAGCUUCCGAGCUUCGCCAAAUGCUCAAUGACCUGCAACUGCACAGUCCUUAUCAUCCUCGAGACCUCGAGGAUGUCCCUUGCAACACAGCUUAUCUGAGAGCAGAGUCCUCAAACCAGUCCAUCACAAGUUCCAUGGAUUUGCUAGGCUAAGACCGAUGGACACUGAGUUCUUAUCAUUUCUCCAUUUUUCCCAUUAUCCAUCUAUUUUGAUCUUCUGUUUGUGUAGAAGUCAACUAAUCCUCAACUCACUUUAAAAUCUGUAUCAGAUCCAAGCAAAUAAGCAAUAAAAUGUUUUGGUCAAAUUUUCAGCA